UAGAGCCUACAACAACAACAGCAGGUCCGACUUCUACAACUGUAGAGCCUACAACAACAACAGCAGGUCCGACUUCUACAACUGUAGAGCCUACAACAACAACAGCAGGUCCGACUUCUACAACUGUAGAGCCUACAACAACAACAGCAGGGCCAACUUCUACUACUGUAGAGCCUACAACAACAACAGCAGGUCCGACUUCUACAACUGUAGAGCCUACAACAACAACAGCAGGGCCGACUUCUACAACUGUAGAGCCUACAACAACAACAGCAGGGCCGACUUCUACUACUGUAGUGCCUACUACAACAACAGCAGGGCCGACUUCUACAACUGUAGAGCCUACUACAACAACAGCAGGUCCGACUUCUACAACUGUAGAGCCUACAACAACAACAGCAGGGCCGACUACUACAACUGUAGAGACUACAACAACAACAGCAGGGCCGACUUCUACAACUGUAGAGCCUACAACAACAGUAGGUCCAACUUCUACAACUUUACAGCCUACAAAAACAACAGCAGGUCCGACUUCUACAACUGUAGAGCCUACAACAACCUCACCAGUUCUUACAACCACAAAGCUUCCAGACCCUUGUGAUGGAAACCCAUGUGGCGAUGGGAGCACCUGUAUGCCUCAUUUCAAUCAAAACUUUGCAUGCUUGUGCUUGGCUGGUGAAAACUACAAUUAUGACAGCAGAAGAUGUGAGAGUGCCAAAGUUUUCCCUGGACAACUAACCCUGCCUGGAUUAACAUACAAUGGAAAAAUGUCUGACAAUACAUCACCAGAAUUUCAAGCUGCCUCGCUAAACAUUACCAAAGAGCUGUUGAAUGUUUUCAAUGACUCUGUGGGUUACUCUGGAUCUACAGUGUUGGCACUCGGGCCCGAAAAAUCCAGUAAGGUUUGGUCAAGGUCAGAGACUGGGGUCAGAGCAGAUGUAGAGAUCAUCUUCACUGAACAGGCUGAAAUCACAACAGUACAAGUUACAGAGAAGAUAAAAAAAACAGCCAGCAGUGGAGAUGGUGUUCUGAAAGGUGCAGUCUUUGAAGAUACAGACCUGUGUGAAAAGAAGCCCUGUGAUGAGAGCAGUACAAAGUGCAAAUGGGCAAAUGGAUCGUUUAACUGCACCUGUUUGUACAAUUACAUUAAGACGGACUUCACUACCAAAAUGUGCAUUGCUUGUCCCAAUGGUCAAAAAGCUGAGGGUUCCGAAACAUGUGUCAAUUGUCCAUUUGGUUAUUCUGGUUUUAACUGCAAAGAAUCAUGGAAGCUGGUGCUGGUAAUCGUCAGCUCUGUGCUCGGAGGACUGCUGCUCAUCACACUCAUUCUUCUGCCUAUAGUGGCACGCAAGCAAGUCAACGGCCUGUCAGCCUUUGCCAAUGCUGGGGUGCCCAGGAUCCCACGGGCCGCAACCACCAACAGCUGGGACAGCAGGACCAACCUGGAGAUGACUCCGAACACCAGCCGGCAAAACAUGAUCCCUCAGGGGAGGAAGUGGAACUCUCGUUUCCACGACGACCAUGAUGACAUGAACCCAUAUGCUCAGACUCAACCUCAGAGCAGCGUCUAUGCUCAGAUUCACUCCUAUGCCCAGAAUCGACCACAGAUCAACCCUUAUGCUCAGAACCAAGGCCACAGCAACCCUAACUACAUGCACGACAAUGGAAGAAGGUUGAGUCAAUGAGGAUGCACAAAGGUUCAUCCUGCAGUGACAUUACCAUCCCAAAUAACUGUACACCAUUAUGGUAAGAGUUGUAUAAACAGAAGUAAAACCGUUGCAUAGGUCUUGUGCAGUAGUGUCAACACUAUGCUGGUCCAUUAUAAGCUUUCAUAAAUCAUUCCUGUCUUUCCUUCUUUUAUCUUUGUGAAAGUUUUGGAUAUGAGAUGCACUGUCUGUAAGUCUUUUUAAAGGGUUUUCAGUAUUCCUAUUGUUAAUAAAUUAAAAUAUUACUCACUUAAGCAUAUCCAAUUGUUUAAUGGCAUUGAAACCCAGAAAUGAGGAGCUGUCCGAUAUCAUUGCCCAGAUAAUGGU